CGUAAUUGUGGUUCAAUGAUCUUACUCAACUCGGAACUAAACUUUAUCAAAUACGAGGAGUUCGUACACGUGUUUUGCAGGUUAAUUUUGAUUUUCAGACGGUGAUCGAUUUAUCGAUUUAGUAUUAUUAAUUAUGGAUUCCAGUGGGUAUGAAAUAAGAAUUGCUAGUGAGGAAAAGGGCUAUGGCUUGUUUGUAAGAAAAGCCUAUAAAGAAGGAGAUAUAAUUUUUGAAGAAAAGCCAUUAGUUUGUUGUCAAUUUGCAUGGAAUGCAAAUUAUAAAUAUUUAGCUUGCGAUUAUUGCUUGCGACCAUUAGAAAGUGCAGAAGAAAAUGCUCGUCGACUGACUGGUAAAAACGAUCUCAUCUUACCUUUUCCUGAAUGCUGUGAAACAGAAAAGGAUUUAAUUACAGAAUGUGAAGAUUGUGGUACCAAGUUUUGUGGUAUCGAGUGUCAAAUGGAUGCUUGGGAUAGGUACCAUAAAAGUCUAUGCUUACAAACAAGGCAAAUCAAUGAACGUCAUCCAUUAAUUCAACUACAAGAAACGUGGAAACAAAUGCAUUAUCCACCCGAGACAGCAACUAUAAUGCUAUUAGCUAGAAUGGUUGCCAUGGUUAAUCAAGCAUCGGAAAAACAGUCUAUAAUUUCAAUUUUUUCAGAAUUUUGCAAUAGAACAACGAAUGAUACACAAGAAAUCACUCACAAUUUAUUAGGUGAAAAAUUUAUUGGACAAAUCGAUGUUCUAAGACAAAUGAUGCAAAAAGCGUUAAACACUGAAUCUGUACCAAAGUGGUUUACUCCAGAUGGAUUCCAAGGUUUAUUAGCUCUUGUUGGUACAAAUGGACAAGGUAUUGGUACCAGUGCAUUUAGUAGAUGGGUUAAAAAUGUUUCCGCCUUAGAAUUACCAAAUGAUCAGAGAAUCCAAGUGGAUAAAAACAUUGACCGAAUUUAUGAUGAAAUGGAUGAAGUCGUUGGUACUUUCCUAAACUGUGAGGGCUCUGGUCUCUACAUCACUCAAUCUAAAUUAAACCACAGUUGUGUACCAAAUGCUACUGUUGAGUUUCCUUACUCAAACAAUAUAUUAACAAUACGAGCAGCACGCGAUAUCAAACCACAAGAAGAGAUUUGUAUAACUUAUUUAGACGAAUGCCAACUUGAACGAAGUCGUCAUUCACGUCAAAAAGCUCUAAGUUCCCUUUACUUAUUUUCUUGUAAGUGUGCCAAGUGUGAAGAGCAAGUGUGUGAUCCAGAUAUUACGAGUGAUGAGGAUGACGAUGAAGAUAUUUAAAAGAAUUCAGUUACCUAACAGACGUAUUAUUAUAUCAUUUUGUAUUUCGA